AUUCUAGCUUCGAGUUGUUUAGUUGUUUCAUUAGCAAUAGUCGCCCGUCGUUGUCGUCGUCUCGUUAGCCUUGUGAUCGCCCGCGAGACACGUAGCUCCGCUCGUGGCUGUAGUGGUUCGCGCAACUCUCCGACAAUCAAUCUCCGUGACCAGCCGACGAAUGGAUGAUAUCAAGGAAAAUUUUAUUCCCAACCUUCGCUUCGCCGAGAACGACGAGGAAGAGCUGGUGGAAGAGAUUGGCCUCACGAAACGUCCCACAAUUCAAUCACUUCGCCAGCGCAAAUCGCAACUCGACAUGCUGGAACAGAUGGAGCAGACGGACGAGCAGGAAAAACUAAGCGAACUGCGCCAACGUCGGAAAGGUGGAAGCGUUCGAUUCGCGGCUUCAAAGAAAACGCAACCUUUGUUCAUUCAGUCAAAAACCGCAACCUCCGAGAAGGACGCUCCCUUCGGCGAGAGUCUGAUGGUGAUGGAGUUUGGCGAAAGUGCCCCAACGGAAGCGAUCCAGUGGAUUGUGGAGAAGAUGCGUGAACGGCGGGUUGAUGGAGGAAUGGAGCUGAUCGUACGCAAGGAACCGCUCAGCAAGGAUAGUCAAUCGAUCAUUUUUCAUAUCUCCGCGUCGGCCACCAAGCUACUGGAGAUUGCCGACGACAUGGGGUUCAUGAAGCGCACCAAAACCGGCAUCAUACGCAACUUUAACGUGGCCUGUCUGGAUGAGUUCUUUUGCGAUGAAAGCAUGUCGCUGGAGGACAUCCUCACUCACGCCGAUCGGCAGAUUAUCGUCAAGUAUGCACUCGAAUCGAUCCGUGCGGCGGAUGAUGAACACAGGAUCCCCGGUACCAAGAUCAUUCUCUACCAUGGCCAAUCGAUCGUGCAGGCGGCACAAAGUGGCGAACUAAUUACGUCCCUCUACUCGCUGCACGAUAAGCGGCGGCUGAAGGAGCUACGUCACCGCUGGACGAAACCGACCGCACCGCAACCGAUCGACGAAAUUAGGGACUACUUCGGCGAAAGCGUCGGAAUGUACUUCUCCUUUCUUGGCUUCUACACUUACGCCCUGGCCGUACCGACCGUACUCGGCUUUCUGCAGCUUGGCCUCUCGGAGGAAACGGAAACCGUGCCGUUCUUCUGCGUGUUCUACGUCGUCUGGAUGAAGGUGUUUCUGGAGUUGUGGAAGCGCAAAAGUUCGUCUCACGCGUACCGCUGGGGCACAGUCACGAUGACCAAUCUGGAUGAGCCACGCGUAGGGUACUAUGGAAAGCUGGCGCGCGAUCCCAUCACCGGCAAGUGGACACCGCACUACCCGAAGUGGAAAACCUACGCCCAAAUGUACUGCGUAACUGCUCCGAUUAUCGGUCUGUGCAUGGCGAUCGCUGGGUUCGUGACCAUCUUUCAGUUUUACGUCGAGGCGCAUCUGGCCGAGCAGUUUGGACCGGAUGCGUACAUACUCUACUUGCCGUCGGUGGUGAACGCGAUUUACAUUGCUCUGUCAACGCUCGCGUACGAUCGUUUGGCCACACUGCUGACCGAUCGGGAAAACCACCGCACCCAGAGCCAGUACGAGCGGCAUCGUGUAAACAAAUUGAUAGUGCUCGAGUUCGUCAACAACUUUCUCUGCCUGUUCUACAUCGCUUUCGUGCUGCAGGACAUGCGAAUGCUCAAGACACAACUCAUGAUGCAGUUGAUCGUGCUGCAGUUCUUGCAGAAUGUGUUCGAAAACCUGUACCCCUAUCUGAAGAAAAAAGUUGGACUGAAGAUCGUUCGGAUGUUUGUCACCUCGAAGUACGACAAGCUGAAGGAAGCACACGACGCACACGAGGAACUGGGCAUUCUAUCGUUGCCGGAAGACGAUCCACGGGUGCUUCAGACGCGCAAGGAAACGAUUCUGGAGGAGUACAAUACCUACGAUGACUACCUGGAGCUGUACAUUCAGUUCGGUUACGUGGUCCUAUUUUCCUCCGUCGCUCCGCUAACCGCUUUCUGGGCCCUGCUCAACAACGUGAUCGAGAUACGGCUCGAUGCAUACAAGCUGUGCAGCUUCUUUAAGCGGCCCUUCGCACGGCGAACGAAAAACAUUGGCGCGUGGCAGCUAGCAUUCGAAACGUUGGCCAUCGUCUCCAUUUUGACCAACUGCGGCAUUCUUUAUCUUUCGCCACAGAUGAGAGAGCUUGGCGCCGGAAUGAGCCGCGAAGCGUACACACUUACCUUCCUCAUUAUCGAGCACGUUUUGCUUGGGAUGACGUGGUUCAUUUAUAAAGCGAUUCCGGACACACCGCACUGGGUACGGGUGGCGCUGGCAAAAGCGGAACAUGACUCCAGGCAGGCACUAAAACGUGAGAAUGCGCAGCGAUCUCGUAAUGUACUGUUCCGUCGGUUUCGCAGCGUUUACGAUACGCAUUCGAUGCUCAACUGAUCCCAAAUGAAAGGCAAAAAGUGAUCUUCUCUUUACGUGCUUUUGUCGUGAUCUUUUUUUAAAAGAAUCUUGAAAUGAAUCUGUUGAAGAUAAAAUACC